AACAAUUUUAGAGAGACGAAACGAAAACCAUUAAGGGCAUUUGAUUGGAAUUCUCGAUAUGGAUCCUAACCCACCUGCAGGGGAGGACUAUGCACACCCACAGAUAUGUUUUUUCCAUGUGCUCUUCAAGGCAGCAGCAUUAGCAUUUUAUAUUCUGUCAGCUUUGUUUGUUGAUAGUUUUGUUAUCAUCUUUGUGAUAACUGUUCUUUUAGCUGCUCUUGACUUUUGGGUGGUUAAGAACGUCAGUGGGCGUAUCCUGGUGGGUUUAAGGUGGUGGAAUGAAAUAGAUGACAAUGGCGAGAGUGUGUGGAGAUUUGAAUGCCUUGAUCAAGAGUCAAUGGCUCGCAUGAACAAGAAGGAUUCCUGGCUGUUCUGGUGGACUUUGUACCUAACAGCCGUUGCUUGGUUCUUUCUCGCGAUAUUCUCCCUCAUUAGGUUCCAAGCUGAUUUUCUUCUCGUGGUUGGAGUUUGCUUGACUCUCAGUGUCGCAAAUAUUGUUGGUUUUACUAGAUGUCGCAAAGAUGCUAAGAAGCAGCUUCAAGCAUUUGCAACCCAGACUCUCACUUCUCGAUUCUCCUCGACUCUACAAUCUGCAUUUAGUGUUGUUUGAACAAAUGAUACACAGCAAGCUAGUCAUGGGAGGAAACUGCUUGUCAGUGUCGACCCUUAUGAAAAAUCAUGUAUUGAUUAUAUAAUGGUACUGUAUACGCUGUGGAAUUAUGAUAGCACAAUGCGGAAGGAUGAUUAGGAGAUUUUGACAUGGCUUUUACUUGGGACUUCUCCUUUACUGAGGUGUCUUGUACAUGCAGAACAUGAACGAACUGGAAAAACAUUUUUGUUACUUUCAGUUUUCACGAAUCCAAUUGCUUCAUUGUA